AUGAAGAGCUUAGACAACGUCAAAUCAAGAAGGCAAAAAAACGUGAACAAGAGAGGAGGAAAUACAAGAUUGUUAGACUCCAAGUUGAAUGGCUUGAAAAGAAAAAACACGAACUUAAUGAACGUCUCAGAGCUACAGCUAAACAUAUGAAUCAUCUUGAACAUGCCUAUCAUAAAGAAGAAAUUCCUCUUCUAGAAAAAGAUUACGAAUAA